AACCACCACCACCGCACAUCAUCAUCCCGGAGCAGUAUUCAUCACACGGACGCAUCAUCUCUCCUGGAGCGCGGACCGGAUGCGAUGACCUUGCGUGAACAUGCGUCGGAUUCGAUGCUGUCCAAACUCAACUUCAGCUGGUCCAAUCCUCGGUCGCAAAGAUUGGGCAUCUUUGCUGCGUGUGCGGUCGCGGUGCUGGUCUUCUUGACCUUGUUGAGUCAUGCAUCAGAGGGCGGUUGGGGCAUGGAGAGCGAUGUGUUGAGCAUUCCCAAGUCAAACAUCACAGUCUCGGCAGCGGAGGAAGAAGAACAGCUGAUCAACGCAUACCUCAAACACAUUGCGCGACCGUCACCGAAUUUCCAGGUCAACACUUCACAUUUCGCUCCUCAUGGCUGGAUCGGUUUUGACUUGCCCCAAGGGAAGACUCGCCACUGGACCAAACCACUCGGUAAAGAUCUCUGCAUCUUCGACUUUGACAACCGCGAUUUCAACAAGACUGGUCAGAUCUGGGCGGAUGAGCUCAUGACCUGGAACAAACCGAAUAAAGUCCAUGGACUCUCAUUAGGUAUCCUCAAUCACUGGCUAUAUGCAAAGAUUCACGGCUACAAGUACUACUACAUCGACAUCGAACCCUUCGCCGACGGUCGCCGCGCCUCCUGGAAGAAACCCAUUCUCAUCCCAGCUCUCCUCGACCACCACUCCACCUGCAUCUUCAUGGACUCGGACGCCAUCUUCCCGCACCUCGACCUCCCCUUCGAAUGGAUCAUGAACCACUUCGCCCUUGACCCCACCGUCGACGUCCUCGCCAUGGCCAUCGACCCAGACAAACCCUACAACAAAGACCGAACCGGAAAACUCUACCUCAACACGGGCUUCAUCAUCGCGCAAGACCAGCCGAAAACUCGGGAGAUCAUGGACGAGUGGAGAGUCUGCCCCGAAGAAGGAGGCCGGCACCCGGAAUGCACGGCUUUUAAAAAACAAAUGUUUAACGUCACGGAUCAAGGUGGUUUCGGCACGUUUAUCCGGUACGAUUUCGAGGGCAGUGUGAGGCAUUUGCCUUGCAAGGAGGCGAAUGGGUUUCCGCAGAGCGAGACGGAGUGUCAGGGGGAGUUGAUCAGUCAUUUGUGGACGGGGAAGGAUUCGUGGAUCAAGGAUAAGGUGGGUGGGCAGGUGACGGGGGAUUUGUUGGAGGCGUUGCAUGGGUUGUUUCGGAGGGAUGCAGAGGCAUUUCGGCUGCGUGAGAGUGUGGUGCUGGGGGACGUCUUGGAAGAGGAAGAAGAGGGAGGAGAGGGUGAUGAGCGAAGGAGGUGGUGGGAGGAUUGA